AUGAAUCUUGGUGUUGAGUACGGACGAACUUCCGAUAGGCGGCGCUCUUCUGUCUGGAACCCUAUUAUCAUCGAAGCGGACGACCUUAACACGACUGAAAUUGACAAGGAUGCUAUCCGGAGAAGUGUAUUUGGUCCAAGACUUUCCGAAACCAACUAUGGGUCCAUUGAUACUUCCGUAUGUCGCCCUACCAUUGCGUCUGCGCGAAGAUCAGUUCUGUGGUCACGUGAGAGGAGGUCGUAUGAAUCGGUGAGUAAACAGAACCUACAGGAGUUCCGUGAUCGACCAUAUAUGAAUUACCGAUAUCCAGAAUUGCCCAAACACUAUCCAGGGACAUGGCGGACGGCAAACGCGGAACAAUUAGAAAAAAUUGUGGAAAGACUAACCAGACCUACAUCGCUCAGUACAUUACGAGCGCAGUCUGCUCCAAAGAUCACGGUUACGAUGUCUUCAAGUCGGUGUUCAAAUCGAAGCACAACAACACAAUCCACGACUGACUCUCGUCGUUCGUAUGGGAGCAACGGAAUAUGA